AUGGUGUCAUUUUUCUCACAUGCCAUUAGAAGCACUGAAGCAGCACGAGACAAUGCGGCGUUGGCACACAGGUCCUCUUGGGAUGCGGAACAGAGCGCCGAAGAAGCAAUGCGUCACGCCCAUGCCAUACCGGGAACGGGAGGAAGCGGGGAUAGUGAUGAGGAGAGGACCAAGCUGGUGGAGGCCACUGAGGAAGCGGAGGAGAUGGCGAAGAAGGCUUUGAAUGAGUCUGAGAAUGCGCUCAGCAACGCCGCCGCGGCGCUGAUAUACGCCGAGACGGCUGCCCAAAGUGCUGCGUUGCUGUUGGGACUCACGGAGGAACCGGGCGUGAACGGCACUACCGCAGGUGCUGCUGAGGCGUCGAAUGAGAACCGAGGCCGCCAGCCUGGGGCUCAGACUGUCACUCCAAUAGGUGGCGCUGAUGGCGACGGUACAACAGCGCAUUCUCCUACACUGAAAAGCUUGGCAGGGAAAGCGGAAGGAGGAGCCGCGGACGUAUCGAGGAGGCAGGUGGCAAACAACUUGGCGCAUGUUAAUGGCGGAGCGGACACCACCGACAGUCCUGCGUGUGUGUGUGUGGAGCGCGGCUGCUGUUGCUGCUGA